AUGGCUCUACAACAAAGAGAUCAAGAUAUAUUGAAUGCUAUUUCAUUGGUGAAGUUCACUAAACGACAACUGCAAAACCUUAGAGAUGAUGGAUUCGAUGCUUUUAUGGAGAAAGUUCUCUCCUUUAGUGAGAAAAAUAACACAGAAAUGCUGAACAUGGCGGGAGACUUUGUUGAUUCAAGAAUGCCAAGGAAAAUAACUAAUAAAAGCAACUUGCAUCAUUAUAAGGUGAAUUGUUUCUACACCGUCUUAGAUAUGCAACUUCAAGAGUUUAAUGAUCGUUUUAAUGAGCUGAUGAGAUUGGCUGAGUUUUAUCUGGAUGACUUUAGUUUUGUGGAGCGAAAAUCUCUUGAUCAUCAGUUGGACAUAUAUCAUGAUAAUGUGCAGCAAGAUGAUAUAUUUACUAAUUUGAAGAGUCUUGGAGAUCUUGCUCAGGUCAUGGUGGAGACAAGGAAGCAUCUUUCACAUCCUUUGAUUUAUCGACUUGUGAAGCUAUCUUUAAUUUUACUUGUCGCCGCCUCAAGCAAUGAAAGAUGCUUCUCGGUAAUGAACAUCGUGAAGACAACAUCCCGCAACCGUAUUGGUGAUCAGUUUUUAAGUGAUUGUCUUGUGUGUUAUAUCAAAAUACAUGAUCUUGAAUCUGUUAUAAACGAGACGGUGAUAAAACGUUUUCAAAACAUGAGUGAGCGUAGGAUACAUCUUGAAGAUGAAGGUUUGUGA